AUGUGUAGCUCGGGACAGUCAUGCUUUAUGGAAACAACAGAUACGGUGCAUGGUGUUUUAUAUCACACGGGAUGUCUCAGCAACAACAUGUGCACACCACCGGGAUAUGAGCAUGGGAUCGUCGGUCGCUCCACUGAAAAACGACAACGAACAUCCUGCCAUGAAUGUUGCUUUGGAAAUUUAUGUAACGAUCAUUUGUGCACAAGCAGCAAAUAUGACUGCAGUGAUGUGUUAAGAUCGGGUCUUUCGCGCGGGUCGGGUGUUUACAGAAUCACGCCCUGGAAUAUGCACAAGGAAGUGGAGGUUUACUGUGAUAUGGAUACCGAGGGUGGGGGAUGGACGGUAUUCCAACGACGCUUGGAUGGGUCUGUGAACUUCAACAGGAACUUUUCGGACUACGAGCAGGGUUUUGGCUCCUUAGAUGGUGAAUUUUGGCUGGGUCUUAGUCUUCUUCACUCAAUGACAAGCCGGGCUAACAUGACAUUACGACUGGACAUGAGUUUCUCGAACGGAACUACGGGAUUUGACGAGUACUCGGGCUUCUAUAUUUCGCCACCAGAAGGGUACAACGUUAACGUUGACAAGAGGAUCAACUCAGCCGGAAGUACGUUUUUUUUUGUUUAA